GAAGAGUUCAUUUGGUCUCCAAGAAUCCUGCGACUGCUCAAUUAUCACACUCCCCACCUCCGCCUUCGAGCACUGCUGCAUGCUACCGGGCUUGCGGCGCUCGAAUGUACCUCUCCUGAGCAUAUGCACAUACGGGCGACCAGGCUGCGCAUAUCCUCGGGUCACGCUGUCUGCUCAAUUGCCGCAAGCUGCACCGUCCAGCCUACAGCCAGUGUCGGCCCCGAUCGCCUUCUCCACCAAACCAACGUUCGUCUGGAUCGAAAGCAAUCUCCCUCUCCGCAUGUUUUGGCCUACGGACCUUCGUCUGCAAUGCAUGGUUGGAAUCUGCCACUCUUGAGGGCAGCCCGGCGAGGAAAACUCCCACGCGAUCGCUCCUCAAGCCCAAGCUCUUGCUCGUCCGCCGGGACGAAUCACGCACGAGAUGCGCACCCCCAAAGCCCGCAUCUCCGCAGCCUUCUCAGGCACAGCGCCGCCCACCAAUCUAUCGCCGUCCAGGUCCCGCACACCAGGCUUCCACCCUCACGCUCGAUCGUCCACAGCACAGCGUUCCCUGCGUCCUUUCAUCUCGUGCCACCUCAGCUCGUCAGCUCGCGAAGCCUAACUGUAUCUACAUUGGAGUUUUUAAAAAACUCCAUAGAAAAUCUACUAAAACCUCCAAGUUUUUUUAAAAAGUAAAAUAUAAAUGGAGUUUUUAAAAAUAUUAGUUUAUAAAGAUAGGAUUUAUAAAGUAAAGAGAUUAAAA